CCCUCCGCCCCGACCUUAUCCAGCCACACGCCACCAUGUGCCACACCAGCUGCUCCUCAGGCUGCCAGCCAGCCUGCUGUGUGCCCAGCUCCUGCCAGGCAUCCUGCUGCAUGCCCGUGGGCUGUCAGUCCUCCGUGUGUGUGCCCGUGAGCUGCAGGCCAGCCCUGUGCGUGCCUGUGAGAUGCCAGUCCUCCGUGUGUGUGCCAGUGAGAUGCCAGUCCUCUGUGUGUGUGCCUGUGAGCUACAGGCCUGUUGUGUGUGUGGCCCCCUCCUGCCAGUCCUCCGGGUGCUGCCAGCCCUCCUGCACCAGCAUCCUCUGCAGACCUAUCUCCUGCAGCAUCCCUUCCUGCUGCUGACCACGAGUGUCCAGACCUGCUGUUCCCGGUGCAGACGGGGCCACACCUGUACCCUCCGAGGAUGAGUCCUCGGUUGUUCUUCUGCACUUGGGGCUAGUGAAAAGCAUGCUCCGUGAGCCUUCUGAAUUCUGGGUUGAGAAUGUGACAGAAUGAUCUGGAGCCCUCGCUGACCUUGCUCAUCCUCCUAGAGAAGUCUGGGGUCCCAGAUAUAUUCUCCGACCCCGUGAGAGCCAAAUAAACCCGCUUUCCCCAUGCA